AUGAGUCGACAAACACCACGAAAAGCGCGACACAGCAGACAGCCAUCGAAUCGCAUACCAGCCGUCUCCGACUACGAAUCUGAUGCCGCAGCUAUACAUACUGACUCGUACGCGCCACCACCUCCACGUACAAACACCGAACUCAACCUCUCUGUGCUCCAGCGCUAUCUCCCCACUAUCCACACGAUUCUUAGCAUAGCCGCCAAUGCUGUCAUCUACACAUUUGAUAGCAGUACUGAGGGCUGGAAAAAGUCUGGUGUUGAAGGUACCAUGUUCGUCUGCGCGCAAAGUCCACUGCCUGAAGAUCCUGGCCAACGACCACGAGCUUGCGUCUUUGUCCUCAACAGAAGAGGCCUGGACAACGUGAUCGUAGAUCUAUCGCGGGUGUCUCAUGCCGAAGUUUCUGGUGAGCUCGUCAUUAUGAAGGUCGAGGGCGAUUGGGAAGAGGGCGACAACGUCAUGGGAGUGUGGAUCCACAACGACCGGGAUGAGACGAGAGAGGUGGCGUCCGUCAUGGUCCAUGGAAAGCCCGAAGCUGAAGACUCAGAGUCUGAAACGAAGAACGAAGACGUGAAGGGGAAGGGGAAGGGGAGGCAGAAGGCAGAAGAUUCGACACUCAAACCAGAGGCCAUUGAGCAUGAGUCAGAGCCAGAACAUGAGGUACAAGAGGUGGAUGUACCCAAGACUAAGGAUUCGAAAGGCAAGAGAUCAGAAUCAAAGGGUCCGAAGGUUCAAGAGUCAGAAGUUGAGGAUACCAAGAUCGGGGACACCAAGAUCGAUGGAGCACAGCUUAAGCUGCCAGAGAGUGAGAAGUCCGAGUCGGCGGGAUCAGAGUCUGAUGUUGAUACCGCAUAA